UCUUCUAUCCUUCAUGUACAUAUUCACUUUCCCGAUCAGCCCCCAGCUAUGUCUCCCCAGUAUCGGUCCUUCUCCAUCAUUCUUUCAUACUGUUCUCUGCUGAUGCAAGGCGUUCUUGGAUUCUCCUCCUUCUUUCUAUUCUUCGUCUCGUUUCGCUAUUUCAUUUAUAUUCCACUGUUGUACUACUAUAUCCCGCUUUCUUCUAACUCACUUUGACGUUUUGCGCAUCUGCGGCUGCUAGAAUAGGAUCAAAGCGCAGACAACCAAAGAAAUUGCGGAAGAGUGCUUGAUGCACCAAGG